CAUAGGUUUAUGGGAGUACUUUUCCUCCCAAGGUGGUUAGUGGUUGCACAUUUGCACACAUUUGCACAGUAGAUAAUUUAAUCCUUUAAUUAUUAAUUGAUCAUAGUCAGUGUAGGUACAAUAUGGCGAAUAAAAAAAUCAAUAACAAAAUACAUAACCUCUUUGAAUCAGCGUAUUAGCUAUAUUAAAUCGUGCACAAAAACACCCUUAUAAUCUCUGUUCUGUGCACCAUAAAAAUUUAUGAAUUCAAUUUAUUCAGUACAAAUUGUAGACAUAAUACGACGGCAAGAUCUUUGGCAAUAAUAACGACCACAUCAGGCUGAUGUUCUUGAAUUUGAUUCAAAUAAAUCUUUCCACUAGGACAGUUUGUAGAACACUUUUAUUGACGUUAGUCGUAGUAUCGUGGUACCAAGCAAUCCUCAUAGACCAACACUUUCGUCAUUCCCAGAGUUGUCAGUAAAAUUAGUUCACAUCCUGUAUAAUGCCGUUUAGCGCUGACACAAUUGCUGCACAGAAAGUCCAAGAGCAUCUAAAAUCGCUCUAUCAAAUGGUGCACGAUAUAGAAAAAAAACGCCAACAGAGCGAACAGGGUAUAGGUAACAUAAUUAAAUUUCAAAAUGGACAAGAUGAAAAAGCAAGCCAACAUUAUCAGGUGAAGCUCAAAAGUUUAUACAAAACAUCGAUUUCCCACUCAGAACAAGAGGAAGAGCUGCUGCGACAAGCGUUGCAAAAAAUUGCAGAAAUACGCAACAUCAAAAAUGAGCGGCGAAUUCAGGCAAGAAAUGCCGGCAAUAAAGAAUCAAUCCGUCGAGGAACUUGGAUGAAGAUGUUGUUAAGUUCAGCGCAGACGUUGCCUCUUUUUGUUGGUAAAAUUGAUGAAAAACCACCCCCUCUUUGUGGUGCCAUUCCCGCCGACUCCGGUUAUGUGGCAAAAGUCGGCGAUAUGGUGGCUGCGUUGGUGAAAAUUCCAGACGGGGAUGGGGAGAAUUGGAUCUUGGCGGAAGUUUUUAGUUACAACCAUGCAACUAAUAAGUAUGAAGUGGAUGAUAUCUUAGCAGAGCAGAAUCAAAAAGGGAGACAUACUUUGAGCAAGAGAGGAGUCGUGCCGUUGCCUUUGAUGAGAGCGAAUCCGGAAACUGAUCCUUCUGCUCUGUUUCCGCAAGGGACAGUUGUCAUGGCUCUGUAUCCCACAACAAGUUGCUUCUAUAAAGGAAUAGUGAAUAAGCCACCAGCUACUCAUACAGAUGAGUAUGAAAUUUUGUUUGAAGAUCCAACAUAUCCAGAAGGCUAUAGUCCUCCACUGUAUGUGGCUCAACGUUACGUCAUCGCCAUUAAGCAGAAGACUAAACAAACCUGACAUUAUCUUUCAGACAAUUUGUCUGAUUCAGAAACUUCAAGCUUUUUGGAAUAGAUUCCAAAAGUUUAACAACCAAAUUAGUAUGUAAUUGUGAUUUUGUCAACUCCAACAAUUUUGUGUUUAUUAUGUUUCACCAAUUUAUUAUUCAUUUUUACAUGUACAUGAACUUUUUUACAUUUUUGUUAUUUUCUAAUCUAGCUUUUAAAAAAAUGGAACUCCUGAAAAAACAGGCUGAUGGUACCUGUAAUGUUGCAACAUUAAGAUCAUGUAGAAAAAAAUAUAUAACACUAACAAAAGAAAAAUGUUUGUCAUAUAAGUCAUUACAAAUAACAAAUUACUACUUAGAGAAAAUCAUAAGUAUUAUUUCUAUGACUUUCUCUUUUGUUUUCAAAUAAUAAUUUUGCUCGAAUGGAUUUACACACAUUCACACGAAAUUUCCACACACACUCCAGAAAAUCCAUGCACAUUAGCUUAGAAUCUAAAGUUAUGACGAAAUUAAAUAGCUUUUGUGUUUAAAAAUUUACAGUUUUUUUUUUCAAGUCACUUCUUUUUUUUUCCUCGUUUCUUUUGUGAUUAUUUUUUUCUUUAUCCAAAAUAGUGUGAUAGAAUAAUGAGAGGUGUUACUUAAACAAAAAUGUAAUAAUGAUGUUCCUUAUAUUUACCAGGCCCGUUAGUAUGGUGAAAAAUAUCCACCUCGUCUGUAACUCCUAAAAAUGUAGACAUCAGUUCAUUAAGACACUUCGCCAAUUAAUAAAAAAAAUAAAACAGAAACAAUACUGGAAAAUAAAAAUAAUAUAAUAGUAAA